AUGCGCGCAAUUUCAGGUGGGCAAAAGAAGACGAAACGAUCCCGCACGGCGUACACCAGCGUCCAAUUGGUGGAGCUCGAGAAGGAGUUCACGGUGACGAAAUACCUGUGCAGGCCGCGCAGAAUAGAAUUGGCGAUCGCGUUGUCCCUGACCGAGCGCCAGAUCAAAAUUUGGUUUCAAAACAGGCGUAUGAAGUACAAGAAGGAGCAGCAACAAACGAAGCAGAACAAUCCCGUUCAACGAGGCGGAGAAGCGAUUGGAACCGACAGAGGCGAUUCAUCGCAAGUGCAAGUUAGAACCCCCAUCUCAGCCGAUAAUUCAGUGAAAAACUGCGCGCAGAAGGAAUACGUGCAGAGCGUGGAUCGUGAGAACGCGCCUUUGGCCGAUCAUCGUCGGAACGACAAUGUUGCAACGUCGCAGAACGUUGGUCAGAACGUGUGCUGCGGCCACGCGAAUUCAACGACGCAACAGUAUUGCCAGUUCGGCCAGUAUCAAUUACCGUUGAGCCAAUCAAAUUUCUUCAACGUUCAACGGGGACAGGAGGAGGAGAUGGUUGGCUAUCGUCAAUAUUCUCAGCAGUGGAACGAUCAGUAUCCUUGUGAUCCGCCUUUACGGAAUUACGAUUACGAUUGUGCGAACGCUUUCGUUGUCGGGGCGACGGGGCAUAAUUGUAAUAAUAAUACGCAGGGGGUCGAGAUGAGUAACUUCGAGUCGAACGGUUUCAAUUUCGUCUCGAAUAACAAUUUGAACAAUCUGGACGAGAUUAUACGGGAAAGCGUGUAUCUCGAUAUUCAAAAUUUAUCGGACGACUUGAUACAAUUGUAAAUUUCUCGCGUUUUCUC